UGGCUCCUACCACCCAAUCCUAAAACGCGACCCCUGGCUUCCCCCCCUCGACUGAAGAGCCCCCACUCCGGCUGGAGCGGCGCAGGCGCGGAAGAGUAGCAGUCACAAGCUCAGACGGACAUCAAAAGGGAGAUAAGACACUUCUACAAAAGCUAAUAAUACAAGGUAAAAUGUGGGGAUUGAAGAACAACUCUCCCCCGGCUCUGGUGGUUCUCUCAUCCUGACGGGAGAAAGAAGAGAGAGUUGCAGCGAAAGUCACGGCAGUUGGGUGUCAGCUGAUUUACUGCAGCGGCGGCGGUGGCAGCGGCGGCAACGGCACCUUGCAACCUCUGUGGGGAGACGCCGGCUGGGCUCGGGUUGUGGUUUGCCUACCCGGAUUUGAGCACCCCACAUCUUCCUCACAUAACGUCCUCGCCUUGUCCACCUUUGACGGGGCGCCCACGGGUGGUGGGACGGACAACAUCGCGGCAUGAGAUGAAGCUGUGACAGAUGGGGAAGCUGAAACCCAGAGGGGUAACUUUUUCAAGAUCCCACAGAAGAGCCAGGAUUUGAAUACAGUUCUGAUUGUUUGAAAGCACAAUGGCGGGAAACAGCCUUGUCCUACCCAUUGUUCUUUGGGGUCGCAAAGCACCAACACAUUGCAUCUCAGCAGUACUUUUAACAGACGAUGGGACCACAAUUGUAACUGGAUGCCAUGAUGGACAAAUAUGUCUCUGGGAUCUUUCAGUAGAAUUAGAAGUUAAUCCUCGAGCACUGUUGUUUGGUCACACAGCCUCAAUCACCUGUUUGUCUAAAGCUUGUGCUUCUAGUGACAAACAGUAUAUUGUGAGUGCAUCUGAAAGUGGAGAGAUGUGUCUCUGGGACGUGAAUGAUGGCAGAUGUAUUGAGUUUACAAAAUUAGCCUGCACACAUACAGGUAUACAGUUUUACCAGUUUUCUGUUGGAAAUCAGAGAGAAGGAAGGCUUUUAUGCCAUGGCCACUAUCCUGAAAUCCUCGUUGUGGAUGCCACCAGCCUUGAGGUGUUAUACUCCUUAGUAUCAAAGAUCUCUCCAGACUGGAUUAGCUCCAUGAGUAUUAUCCGAUCCCACCGAACACAAGAGGACACUGUGGUCGCACUCUCAGUGACGGGCAUCUUGAAGGUGUGGAUUGUUACCUCUGAAAUAAGUGGCAUGCAGGAUACUGAGCCAAUAUUUGAGGAGGAAUCCAAACCGAUUUAUUGUCAGAAUUGCCAAAGCAUUUCUUUUUGUGCAUUCACACAAAGGUCACUUUUGGUUGUGUGCUCCAAGUAUUGGAGGGUUUUUGAUGCUGGAGACUAUUCCUUGCUGUGUUCAGGUCCUAGUGAAAAUGGACAGACGUGGACUGGAGGUGACUUUGUAUCAGCAGAUAAAGUAAUCAUUUGGACUGAAAAUGGGCAAAGUUAUAUUUACAAACUACCUGCCAGUUGCCUUCCAGCUAGUGAUUCAUUUCGCAGUGAUGUGGGGAAAGCAGUUGAAAAUUUAAUUCCUCCUGUACAACAUAGCCUCUUGGAUCGAACAGAUAAAGAGUUGCUAAUUUGUCCUCCUGUUACUCGGUUUUUCUAUGGAUUCAAGGAACACCUCCACAAACUAUUAAUUCAAGGUGAUUCUUCAGGAAGAUUGAAUAUUUGGAACAUAUCAGACACACCUGAUAAACAGGAAGAACUGAAAAUGACAACUUCUGUUAGUUUGCAAGAGGCAUUUGAUAAACUGAAUCCUUGUCCUGCUGGAAUUAUAGAUCAGCUGAGUGUGAUUCCCAGUAGUAAUGAACCUCUUAAAGUAACCGCAAGUGUGUACAUACCAGCACAUGGACGACUUGUCUGUGGCCGUGAGGAUGGAAGCAUCAUCAUUGUGCCUGCCACACAGACAGCCAUUGUACAGCUGCUGCAAGGGGAACACAUGCUCCGAAGAGGUUGGCCACCUCACAGAACCCUCCGCGGUCAUCGGAACAAAGUCACAUGUUUGCUAUAUCCUCAUCAGGUCUCAGCUCGUUAUGACCAAAGAUAUCUGAUAUCUGGAGGCGUGGAUUUUUCAGUCAUAAUUUGGGACAUAUUUUCUGGAGAAAUGAAACAUAUCUUCUGUGUGCAUGGUGGUGAGAUUACUCAGCUUCUAGUUCCACCUGAAAACUGUAGUGCAAGAGUGCAGCACUGCAUCUGCUCUGUAGCCAGUGACCACUCAGUGGGGCUUCUAAGUCUGCGAGAGAAGAAAUGCAUUAUGCUGGCAUCUCGUCAUCUCUUCCCUAUUCAGGUCAUCAAGUGGAGGCCUUCUGAUGAUUACCUGGUAGUGGGAUGUUCAGAUGGCUCUGUAUACGUCUGGCAAAUGGAUACUGGUGCGUUGGAUCGCUGUGUGAUGGGGAUCACAGCAGUGGAGAUCCUAAAUGCCUGCGACGAAGCAGUGCCUGCUGCAGUUGACUCUCUCAGUCAUCCAGCAGUCAACCUAAAGCAGGCCAUGACACGGCGUAGUCUGGCCGCUCUUAAAAACAUGGCCCAUCAUAAGCUACAGACUCUUGCAACUAACCUCUUGGCUUCUGAGGCCUCUGACAAAGGAAAUUUGCCUAAAUAUUCUCAUAACUCCCUGAUGGUUCAGGCAAUAAAGACAAACCUAACAGACCCAGACAUACAUGUGCUUUUCUUUGAUGUGGAAGCGUUGAUUAUUCAACUCCUGACUGAAGAAGCCUCUAGGCCGAAUACUGCGCUUAUUUCCCCAGAGAAUUUGCAAAAAGCAUCUGGCAGUUCAGACAAAGGGGGCUCUUUUCUAACUGGAAAACGAGCAGCAGUUCUCUUCCAACAAGUGAAAGAAACUAUCAAAGAGAACAUAAAGGAACAUCUCCUGGACGAUGAAGAGGAGGAUGAGGAGAUGAUGAGGCAGAGAAGAGAAGAGAGUGAUCCAGAGUAUCGGGCCAGCAAAUCUAAGCCGUUGACCUUAUUAGAAUAUAAUUUAACGAUGGACACUGCAAAAUUGUUCAUGUCAUGUCUUCAUGCCUGGGGUUUAAAUGAAGUUCUGGAUGAAGUUUGUCUUGAUCGCCUUGGAAUGCUGAAACCGCACUGCACAGUAUCUUUUGGUCUCCUAUCGAGAGGAGGUCAUAUGUCCCUGAUGCUUCCUGGUUAUAAUCAGCCUGCUCGGAAGCUGUCGCAUGGGAAAGCCGAAGUAGGAAGGAAGCUGCCAGCAACCGAGAGCGUUGGAAGGGGAACUUAUGGAGUGUCCCGAGCCGUCACCACACAGCAUCUCCUGUCUAUCAUAUCUUUGGCAAAUACAUUAAUGAGUAUGACCAACGCAACUUUUAUUGGUGAUCAUAUGAAGAAGGCUCCUACCAGGCCACCUCGACCAAGCACCCCAGACCUUUCUAAGGCAAGGGGUUCCCCUCCAACUUCCAGUAAUGUUGUGCAAGGACAGAUUAAACAAGGAUGGAGCCAGUUGGCUGCUAUGCAUUGCGUGAUGCUACCAGACCUGCUGGGACUGGAUAAAUUUAGGCCUCCGCUCCUAGAGAUGCUGGCUCGGAGAUGGCAAGACCGAUGCUUGGAGGUCCGAGAAGCCGCCCAGGCCCUGCUUCUAGCUGAACUGCGAAGAAUUGAGCAGGCGGGGCGGAAGGAAGCCAUCGAUGCCUGGGCCCCUUAUUUACCUCAGUACAUGGACCAUGUCAUAUCACCGGGAGUCUCAGCGGACGCCGUGCAGACUGUCAGCACUGCUCCUGAUGCCUUGGGGCCAGAAGCCAAAGUCCAGGAGGAAGAGCAUGACCUUGCAGAUGAUGACAUCACAGCUGGUUGCUUAUCAAGUAUCCCACAAAUGAAAAAGAUUUCCACAUCUUAUGAGGAAAGACGGAAGCAAGCUACUGCUAUUGUUUUACUAGGAGUAAUAGGAGCUGAAUUUGGUGCUGAAAUUGAACCUCCUAAAUUGUUGACCAGACCUCGAAGCUCUAGUCAAAUUCCUGAGGGAUUUGGCUUGACUAGUGGUGGAUCCAACUACUCACUGGCCAGACAUACUUGUAAGGCACUGACAUUUCUUCUGCUGCAGCCUCCGAGCCCCAAACUUCCUCCACACAGUACGAUCCGAAGAACAGCCAUUGAUCUGAUUGGACGUGGUUUCACCGUCUGGGAGCCUUAUAUGGACGUGUCUGCUGUCCUCAUGGGGCUUCUUGAACUCUGUGCUGAUGCCGAGAAACAACUCGCCAACAUCACAAUGGGGCUGCCUCUUAGCCCUGCAGCUGACUCCGCCCGCUCGGCAAGGCAUGCCCUCUCGCUCAUUGCCACUGCCAGACCACCCGCCUUCAUCACAACCAUAGCCAAAGAGGUACACAGACAUACAGCUCUUGCAGCAAAUACCCAGUCCCAACAGAACAUGCACACGACAACUCUUGCACGAGCUAAAGGGGAAAUUCUGAGAGUCAUUGAGAUUCUUAUUGAAAAAAUGCCCACAGAUGUUGUGGAUCUUCUUGUGGAGGUUAUGGACAUCAUUAUGUACUGCCUUGAAGGAUCUUUAGUUAAAAAGAAAGGUCUUCAAGAAUGUUUCCCAGCCAUCUGCAGGUUCUACAUGGUCAGCUAUUAUGAACGGAAUCACAGAAUAGCAGUUGGAGCUCGCCAUGGUUCAGUGGCCCUGUACGACAUCCGGACUGGAAAAUGUCAGACAAUCCAUGGACACAAGGGACCAGUCACUGCAGUGGCCUUUGCCCCUGAUGGACGAUAUCUUGCCACCUACUCAAAUACGGACAGCCACAUUUCUUUCUGGCAGAUGAACACCUCGCUGCUGGGGAGCAUUGGCAUGCUGAACUCGGCACCUCAGCUGCGCUGCAUUAAGACCUACCAGGUGCCCCCCGUGCAGCCCGCCUCGCCCGGCUCCCACAACGCGCUGCGACUGGCCCGGCUCAUCUGGACUUCCAACCGCAACGUCAUCCUCAUGGCCCACGACGGGAAGGAGCACCGCUUCAUGGUCUAACGCUGGCGCCUGCUGCCCUGGCCACCUCCGAGUUCUGUCCGUCCGUUCUCCCAGCUGAGAGUCCUCUGUCCUUCCUCACACGGAUCAUUCCUCAGUGCCUGCCCGCACCAGUGCCCCCCGGGGGCGCGGCCGAGGCCAGGUCACUCCUGCAUGGCUCUUGGGGGCAGAUGCCCACUUGUGUCACCUGUGAUUCAGAGGCAUGCACACACCGCUCUGCAGGAUGUGGCCCUUCUGUCAGCACUAGGUCGUUUUUCCCCCCGCCGGGGCUGGGGGUGGGGGAUGUCUGUGGGCCCCAGGAUCCCUCCUGUCGCUUGGUGCACCAGAAGCCUCCAGUUCAGUAAACACUGUGAUUGUGUUCCCAGCCCAGGUCAGCAACCCCACCUCUGAGCUCCCGCUUGAACCUGGUGGUUUUGACGUUGGGUUUUGAGGUAAUUGUGGCAGUCCUAAUUAGCAAAGUUAUUUUCCUUUAGAUCGCCUAAAAUAUAUUCCUGUUUACCAAAAAGAUUCUGUGUUUACAUGGUUGGUUUUUUUCCCCCCAUGACUGCUAGGAAACUGCUCACUCCCAAUUUCCUAGGGUUUAGCCACUCUUUCUUUAUUAAUACCUAACAGAUUGGAAAUUAAUGAGAAAAUACACCAAAAAAUUGUUCCUCCUCACGGAAAAUAGAGUUUCCCAGGCACCUAGCCUUCUAAAAUGCUCGUAUCCUGCUUAGUAGUCUAUUUAGUAGUUUAAAAUAAAAAAUCAUCACUAUUUAUGAUCUAGUUAAUAUAAUUAUCCAGUCACUCUAAUCUCUUAAAUGGACUUUUAUAAUAAAGAACUGAGUUUGGAAGCAUAGCAUAUACUAAAUAAGAAGACUCUUAUGUCUGUUGCUACAGGUCCUUUUAAGAAAGACCUUACCCCUUCCUUCCAGAAACCUUACAGACCUACAGUUCCCACGUGUACAACCUAUGUCAGUCAUCAUGGAAUAGUUACAGUUCAGCCUUCAAACUGAUCAAUUAAAGGAAAACAAAGACAGCAUUUCUUUUACACAAGUGUCCUAGAAAAUUAGUACCUAUGGCACAAGCAUUCAGGAGAAUAUAUAAAAUGUGAGGGCUCUCAAGUUAUUUGAGCAAACAUUGCAAUGAGGGUGUCCAUCACACUUCGAAGUAAACUUUAACUAGGUCGCUUUCUUCUCUUUAUGUCAAAUUAUGCCGGUUCUUGCUCAUAGUAAUGGGAAAAAAAAAUCCAUAAAAUAAUAUUUUGUAUGAAUUGCUCCUAACAAAUCUUGAUCUGUACAUAGUUGGGCAUUUGGUUGUUUGGUUAGUUGUUGAUUGGUUGGCUAGACACAAUGGUUUAUUAAAUGCUAAAACAGAAAAUGAUUUAUUAAAUUCAGAGAAGGUAGGAAAUUUCCAGAGGAACCAAAAUGAUAAUGGGAGCAUUUAAUUGGAAAAGCGUAGAUUGUUAAGAGUUUAUGUAAUAUACAAAAAAAUAGGAUCACAGUCCAGGAACAAAUCCAUCUGUCAUUUUACUAAAACAGAUUUUUAAAGAACAUGUUAAGAAAUUAAGAUCCACUAGAACGUCUCUUUCCUAUUGAUAUGAAGUGUGUUAUUUGCAUUGAUGACAAACCUGUACUGUUGCUUGGUUUUAGACUUUGGGUGUUCUUUUAAAAGUGAAUUGAUGCCACAUGCAUGUACAUUGUAUUUAUAAAGAUUAUAUAUGUAGUUUCCAAGGAAGAAACAAAGAACUAUCCAGUGUAGAUUUAUUUGUUUGGUGCACAUGCCAUUGUGUUCGAUUAUAGGUAGAAAAACCUGAGGUAAACAAAAGUUGCGCUUGGUUUUUUCAGUGGGCUCCCAAGUCUUCUCCAUACCCAGCACAUGUUUACUUUAUGAACUUAAAUAGGGAUUAACUUAUUCUAGACUACAAAGUUGUUUUGGAAUGAUGAAGCAAAAGUAUACCUUUAGAGGGUUUAAAACAAAGAUGUGAGACAAUAGGCAGGCCGCCUCGGACUCGCAGUGGGACACACCCCGGGGUCCAGAACAAAGCCAUGGGGCCCAGGGGCAAAACAUCUGGGCAGUGGGCAGAGGCCAGCCUGUCCCACAGUCUGUCUGAUUAUCGGCCAGUAGAAUAUUAAAAGUCGGGUGGAUGAUAUCUGAUGGUUAGACGUCUCUAACUGCUAAAUGAGUAUUUGCAUUCUUGUUAACACAAAUCUCCUCUUGGCUGUUUUGAUAACUACAGUCCCAGACUUCAUCACUGCUUAGAUUUCUCAGCACUGAAGCAAACUUUGUGUUGUCAUCCCAGUGUAUGCUUUUAGUGUUUUAUUGAUUUUGUUGGCACUGUAUUUGGACCUAUCCUUGUAAAUGUAGAGACAUAUAUGGCUUCAUUGGUAAUUUACAAGCAAAAGAUGACAUGACGUGACACCUGUAUGAAAAUGUAACGAUUGAACUCACUGUGCACAGCGAGUGAAUUAAAAUGUCUGCCUCUCAAGACAUUUCCACUGAAUAGAUUCUAUAUGUGCUGAAUGUCCCUGUGUACAUAUGUGUGUUAAAUAAAACUGAAUUGUACUGAAGA